AUGCCCCCUCCGCCCGGCCAGCGCCGCCCCACCCUGCCGCAGCACCACCCCGCCGAUCCGGAGCCCUACGGCCACGUCGCCACCACCGCCCAGCGCCCCAUCCACCCGGCCAGCGCCACCCCGCCGCCCCGGAGACCUGUGGCCCUGUCGCCACCACUGCCCCGCGCCCCCUUCGCCCGGCCAGCGCCCCUCCUCCGCCGAGCAACCCCGCUGCCCGGCGCCCCUGGGCCCUGCCGGCCUGCCGCAGGUGUUGACAGGAUGGUGGGCAAGGGUCCAGAGCGCCCCGAGCCUCCUGCGAGCGCUACUGGGAGGGGUGGUUCCAUUAUUCCAGCCCAGCCCCUCCGAAGAGCGCUGCUAGACAGGGACGGCAAAGAACUUUGA